UGUUGCUCUGACUAGGAGUGAGCGUCAGACAGUCCCUCAGUCAGUGCGUGGACUCGGCGUGAGGAGGAAGGCAGUGCUCUCCUUCACACAACACUCACUUCGUUGAGCUCUAUGGAACACUUCACGUCGUGUUCCUGAGGUCUUGUCCGGAUCCCGUGGCUGAACAAGACUGAUCGGCUGUAAUGAACUGACAGGGCUGCACGAGUGACCACUACGCCUGACAGUGACAGUAGUCGCCACCCCUGCCUUCCAAAACACCCCGUGAUACUUGAACCAGCAAUACAGCACCACCUGACAAACACGUGCUUACUGCUGCAAAAAAAUAUACCCUCACCUGCAUUACCUUGAUUGAUUAACUCUAUCCACCUGCUGAUUCAAAAUGGGAGUCAAGCUUCUUCACCCACGCAGACGAAGCUUAAUCUUCAAAAUGCUUAUGUUUUGUACCUUCCUUGGCUUCGUGGGACUGUGGUACAAAAAUGACGAGCCAGGGAUCGAUACCCCGGCGGAACUCGAGCCACGGAAGGACUCCCAACAGGAUUCCGUCAACCACAUACAGGAUCCUGAUAAGGCGAAAUUCCACGGACACACGGACAAGCCUGACCACCUGCCUGGGCCCAUCCUGGAGGUCAGCAAUAGGAUAGAACAAGGGGAGGCUGCGGGGAUUCCUGCGCCAGUACUACAAAAUAUCCAGCCUCACAAACCUCCCAAUUUACCAAGCCCUCAGGAUGCCGCGGAGAGGAUGAGGGCGGAGAUGUGGUUCCAGGAGGAUGAAAGGAAGGUGGUGAGGGGCUUGGGUGAGGGAGGGAAGAUGGUGAAACUGAGUGGUGAGGAAGGAAAGCUGGCUGAGGAGGUGAUGAAGAAAGAAGCGUUUAAUCUUAUUCUCAGUGAUAAGAUAUCUGUCAAUCGCUCCGUUCCUGACUCAAGAGAUCCAUUAUGUAAGACCCUUCACUAUGAUCAGGACCUGCCCACCGCCUCCGUCAUCAUCAUCUUCACCAACGAGGCGUGGAGUCCGCUGAUCAGAACCAUAUGGUCGGUCAUCAACCGCUCGCCGCCGCGCUUCCUCAAGGAGAUCGUCCUCGUUGAUGACUUCUCAGACAGAGCUGAACUCGGGGAGAAGCUGGACCUGUAUCUCAAGUACCGCCUGCCGCCCUUGGUGAAGCUGGUAAGGCUGAAGGAGAGGCACGGCUUGAUCCGGGCGAGACUGGCUGGGGCGAGGGAGGCUGUGGGGGACGUGCUCAUCUUCCUGGACUCACACUGUGAAGCCAACGAUAUGUGGAUGGAGCCUUUGCUUCAGAGGAUAAAGGAAAGCCGGUCUGCUGUUCUGGUUCCCAUCAUUGAUGUUAUUGAUGACUCCACUCUGGAGUAUUACCACGGCAAUGGGCGAUACUUCCAGGUGGGUGGAUUCACCUGGAGUGGUCACUUCACCUGGAUUGAAAUCAGUGAGAAGGAGCAGCGGCGAAGAGGCAGCCCUGUCGGCCCAACCAGGUCGCCCACAAUGGCUGGUGGACUGUUUGCUAUUGAGCGUAACUAUUUCUGGGAGAUUGGCAGCUAUGAUGAUGGCAUGGAUGUGUGGGGUGGUGAGAACCUGGAAAUGUCCUUCAGGGUGUGGAUGUGUGGAGGUACCCUGGAGACCAUCCCAUGCUCCCGAGUGGGGCACAUCUUCCGUUCCUUCCACCCCUACACUUUCCCAGGCAACAAGGACACACACGGCCUCAACACGGCACGCAUGGCAGAGGCCUGGAUGGAUGACUACAAACGGCUCUUCUAUCUCUACCGACCAGAGCUUCAGCAAGCAGACUAUGGAGAUGUGAGUGAGAGGAGAGAGCUGAGGAACCGCCUGCAGUGCAAGAGCUUCAAGUGGUACCUGGACAACGUGUAUCCACAGAAGUUCAUCUUGGAUGAGGAUUCUGUGGCUUUUGGCCGGGUGCAAAACUUUGCCAGGGAUAUUUGUCUAGACACUCUCGAACGUGAGGACCUAGACAACAAGGAGUACACCCUGGGAUUGUAUUCUUGCCAGCUUGCGCCCCUCCACAAUGAGUUUAUGUCACUAUCCAAGAAUGGUGAGCUGCGGCGGGAGGAGGUGUGUGCCGAGGUGCCGCCCACUCCCGGCAUGCCCACUCAGAGGGUGCGCAUGGUUCGCUGUCAUGGCCGGCGGGGCAACCAGGAGUGGUACCUCACACAGACGGGCCAUGUGGUGCACAAACCAAGCAACAAGUGCCUGGACCGUGCCUACAAGCAGUCCAUGGAUGACGUGUUUGUGGCGGACUGUGCCAACACCAUCACUCAGCAGUGGUUGUUUGAUCACUACAACUCCCUGUGAGGCCCAUGCUGGCGUCCUGGCUAGGAGAGGCUGUAGUGUGAGAUGGAGGAUGCUGAGGGAAGAGAGAAUCACACGCUGGUGCUGUGAGGGGAGAAUGUGGGAGCAGCAGUAGUUCAUUGGGCAACUAGUCAAGGAGGACGUCAGAGGUGUUGGUGGUGCCCAUGAUAUCUAUCUGUGUUCCAAGUUCCUACUGUGCUAACUGAACCAAUCACAAGAUAUGGACAUAAUGUCUGCCUUAUAUACAUACAUAUGUUAAUAGUAAUUACACAUACAUAAGACUGUAUUCUUUCCUAUGGACUUGAUGAUUGUGUGAAAGUGUUAACCAAGAGUCUGUAUGGAGAAGUUAAUGAAAAUGCAAAAAAGUCAUCAGGGUUUAUAUGAAAAGGUUUAUGAAUGUGAAUAAUUUAUCAAAAGAAGCAAGAUAUUCAUAAAUGUGUGGUAUAUCUUAGGAUUCAGAAAAUGAUGUGCAUAUCAGUGACAACUAAAGCAUAAUCUUAGGAGAAUGUGAUAUACAUGAGAAGAGAUGUAUGAACUUGAAGGAUUUAUCAAAAGAGAAAAAUUGAAUUUGUGUGAUAAUUCCUUGGAUUCAUAAAGUGACAUCCAUAUCAAUGAAUGCAUGAAUGAAUUACAGGGGUUAUAAUACAUAUAAUUUGCAAGUUUUAUUGUACAUAAAUAUAUUUUUAUAUUUGCCAUAGGAAAAUAUAGUCUUAUAAAAAGGAAACAUCAACAAUAUGCUUUGUUUUCUGUGCAUCAUCCAUUCAUAAUAUGCAUUGGGUGUGAACUGCACAGGAAAUGUUAUAGAAACACAACUCAGUUAUUGAUGCAUUUCAGGGUGAUUUCAUGCAGGCUGUGAAGUGCAAUAGUAACACAGAAGGGAAAGAUGUGGAGGAGGAAGUAAUGAAGUAAACUGUAUCUCUCAUACACAGAAAAGGAGCAUUCAUGGUGUUAUGCAAAGUGCUGGUUAAAGAAGGGAAAAUUUUGGUGUAAAUGAAGUAAACCAAAUUUCUUUCACUGGUAAUGAAUAAAAGUACUUAUAGUAUUACAUGAAGAACUUGUUAGCAUCUUUAUAUCAUAAAUGCACAUAUAACUUUCACAAAACUUUAUUUUCAAAUGUCAUUUUACCCAGGUGGUGAUUAUGUGGCUCUGUGGUAUAGUGGUGUACUCACAGCUUGACUCUUAUUUUUGGCAGUGUCUUAGUAAGGAGAGGUAGUGCUUUCAGAACUCUAGCUGCCCCCAUAACUCAAUACUAGAAAAUUUUCACCUUGAGUCCUGUAACACUGUCUUUGCAUGUACUUUGAAAUUCACACACACACAUAUACAUCCUUCACUCAGCACCACAGCACACAACACUCACUGCAGCAGGUCAGGGAAGCUCAUAUCACUGGUGUUUGCUCAAGGCUUCUUCCUUGUCCUAUGUUGGUGGUGGUGGUGGUGGUGGUGGUAUGGUGCAGUGUGGUGGGCUAAUUGGACCAAACUCUCCUCAGUGGUAAAGGCUAGGCAGUCAUGUUUUAUUUAUUAAUUUAAAACUAUUACAUAUGUGACUCAAUACUGAUUCAUACAUUAACAUUUUGUGUAUUUUGUAGAUAACUGUAGGAUGUAUACUUGCCACAGGAAACUAAAAACUUCAUGUGCUUCUUGUUUUUUUGCACAAAAAUCAUUCCUAUCAGAAAGAUAAUGAGGAAUGAAUGAGGCUGAAUAACAGAACCAAAAAAAUAAUGAAAUAAAACAUUACAGCAAAUUCAUAACCCAUCACCUUAUCUCAUUUUGAAUUGGUAUAUCCAUGAUAAUAUUAAUGAUGAGAAAUUUUGAUAACAAAGCACUCAGUCUUAUUUUAAAUUUGAAUUGAAAAAAAUAUAACAAAAAUUUCAGUAACUGUACAGGAAAACCAAAGUCUGAUUUAAACUGCAAAUAUAAACUGAUCAGAAUAGUAUUUCAAUGUGUAUUUGUGAGUAUGUAUUAGGAUGUGUGUCUUUGGUAAGUUAAAUUUGCUAAAGGUUGGGUGACAGAUUUGGUGCAGGAAUUGUGAUCUGCUGCCUCUUCUUCCCUUCCUGUCCUGUGUUGGGAGGAAGGAGGCUUAUAUCAAUUGGAGAAUUUCUUAUUUUUAUUGGUUGUAAAACUACUUGAAAUAGUAUUGUACAUAUGAGUAUAGUUUUGUAGUAAGAUUUAUAUAUGUAAAUAUAUUUAUAUGUGAAUAACUUUAAAAGAUAGGUUGAAUUAGACCUGGUUAUGAAUAUUAUAUCACAUUAUGACAAAACUGGAGUAAAUUUUGUUGGGGGUUAAUUAUUUAUCAAUAGAAAUCUUCUUUGGUUUAUAAUGUUAUUUUUUGUACAGUGAAUUCAGAUCAGUAAAACUAUGAUGGCAGGUUGUAAAUAAUGCAGACAAUAUCAUAUACUGUAAAAAGAAAAAAAAAGCUUGAAUGAAAUUUAUUGAGGAUUAUACAGUGAUAAAACUAUAAUUGGUUGAUAUUAUUUUUUGUAUGAAAUCAGAUUGUUUCAGCUGUGAUGGCAAGCUGUGAAUGAAAGCAUGGACUUUUGCUUGGUUCAGAUCUUUGUAAUUCAUUCACAUUUAUUUAACCAGAUGACUCUUAACCAGACUGCCAUAGCUUUGUGUAUGUGUGGCUGGCAGGUCUGUGCUCAUUUUGUUAUGGUCAGUAAGCAGGAGAUAACACAAGGAACAGGUGUCAGGUGUAGAUAAAUUGAUACAACACAAGGACAGUAUUAGAGAUGGCUUGGUGGUGAUGAUGUGUACCUAUUUGUAACCUAUUCAUUCCAUCCACUACCUUGUUUACUGUGUUAUCUCUCUUGUGUUAGUAUGAUGGUGAUGAUGAUGAUAAUGAUAAUGAUGUGUACUGGAGAGAAUGAUGGACUGCUGUGUAUGUGUGUGUUUGUGUGUGUGAUGAUGAUGAAGAUAAUGUGCUAUAAGGAAAACUGAUGGGUGUGUGUGUGUGUGUGUGUGUGUGUGUGUGUGUGUGUGUGUGUGUGUGUGUGUGUGUGUGUGUGUCACUGUUCUGUUGUAUUUAGUGGAGGUGUUUUGACAAGCAUCAACAUUUCAAAGGAUGGGUCUGAGUCACCACUGGCAUCACAUAAUGUAAUGUCCAGAAGGUUAUUACAGGAGAUACUACGACGUGAAGCACUGUUUGUGGAGAAAAUUUCUCCUGUCAUUAGGUUCCAUUUGAAGUGCCCAAAAUCAACUGUAUACAGAAUUAUGUGUCAAGCAAAAAAACAUUUACUUUUGCAUAUGAUGUAAAUAUAUAAAAAUUCACUCAUUUACAGUCAACAUUAUAUAGUUUUGUGAUUUUGUGCCCUGUAUCAGGAAGCCACUUGUGCUGUUUGUAAUCAGUGCAGUCCAAGAGACCAAGAGACCACAGACCAUUUGUUGUGAUAGUAGGCAGCAGAGAGAGAGAGAGAGAGAGAGAGAGAGAGAGAGAGAGAGAGAGAGAGAGAGAGAGAGAGAGAGAGAGAGAGUGUUUAUGCUUUUAUAAUUACUAUAUUUUUACUUGGCAAUGAAUGAGGUUGUUUUGCAUUGCCACUGUAUUUUUUGAUAUAUAUUAUAUCCGUGUGUGGCAGUGACAGGGUGGAGGAAACUGAGAGGAUUAAUUGUACUUAAUUUAACACAUUUUUUGUACUGUUUCUCGGCAAACUGGUUGUAUAUGAGAGUAUGAAGCACUUAUUUGAUU